CUCGUCUCUUCCAAUAUUUCUUUGAGGGGACCUUUGGGCCAGAAAUAGUGGGCCUUUGGUCUGGACACUACAGAAUUCCCCCUCACUGCCACACUGCGCAAGGUGUCAAGUUUUGGGGGGGGAUGAGGCGAUUUCUGAUGCGGAACAGAGUUUGCCAGCUGGCCAGUUACAACCCAGUUUGCACCUCCAAAGCCCCAGCGCCAUUGGGACUUUGCAUCGAGACCCCAGGCGAGUCGCCCAACGAUCAAGUGCCCCAUCAGCAUCACCACAGUGAUUUGUGGGUGCCAAAGUGAUUUCUGGCUUUGGCAUGCUGAGCUUUGGCGCCUCCUCCCCGCCAAACCGACGUUCGUGUCUUGCCAGCCAACAUGCAGCCUCGUAUUCACAGUCACUGUUUGUAUGCCUGCUGGCUCGCUCAGGCUAUAACAUCUUAAGUCUGUCGAUGGCUUUGGUCUAACAUUGCUAAUUUUCUGCUCCCUGAGCCGUUGCAUCCGAUCCCAUGAGCAGUUGGACUCCUCUCCCCAGGCGCAUGCAGAAUGGCCAACAUACGCAAUAUCGCGCCCGUCCUCGACGUCGCCGGUGCGGGCUUCAGACUCUCGCUACUCCUCAAUGCCAUCAGUUCCGAGGUCUCAAAUGCCGGUCUCGAGGUCAAGAGCAUCUCAAAGGGUGUCACAAUGUUCUCGAUGAUGUUGAAGCACACGGGUCAAGUCCUUCAGACAACAGACUCAGUCCACUCCCAGGAAGCUGUUGAGACGGCGCAGUCAAUAGCAGACGAAAGCACAAGGGUCUUUGACGAGAUCAAGGACAUGUGGGUGCGUGCAAGUGGGCAUGGUGCAGACAACACCACUACCUCCACCCCUCAACAGAGAUUCAGGCGGACUUUCAGGAAACACAGGGUCACAUAUCUGCUCGCACAACUCGAGAGUCUUCAACUAAGCCUCUCGGUCAUGCUGCAGAUAGUCCAGCUGGGAAAGGUGAUGGCGUCCACCUCAAGAAGUGAUUCUCCGGAAGAGGUCUCCUUGAAGAAAGAAGCCAUCAGCCAAGAGCGCGCCGAGGCUCAGAACGCUCUUAUUGUUCGUUACUGGCAAAUGAGCAAUGUGGAUGUGUUGUUUGAAGCCUCAUUGCGGGAAGAACAGGAAGACUGCAAACCAUGCAUCGACGACGGGGCCAUGCAGGACAAUCAAUCGUCACCGAUGUCCUCAGACAACACUCAACAGAAUGACACCAACGUUGCUCCUGAGAACGCCACCUCGAGAGCUUUGGUGAGACUUCCCGUCUUUUCUCUCGGCGAGCUUGAUCACAUGUUACACCAAAUCAGGGACUCUCCCCGAGAUAUGGUUCAAGUCUCAGACCGCGCAAUCGACCCCCUCCUCGAGAGAUGGACCGUUUGGCGUGAAGUCCGAGAAAGGCGCCACAACCGCGACUCUGGCUCAAGAUACGCUCCCUCGGUGCACAAUCUUGAUGAAGACGAUGAGGAGACCCCUUUCCAUGAAAGAUACCGAGAGAGGGAAGGCAGCCCUCGUGGGUAUUACCUGGAAGGCACAACAACCGACUGGAGGAAGCCAAAUUCUGCUUCUGCACGGCACGAAGCAUUCAGGAGACGGAAGCAGUACUCGGGCUAUCAGCCAAGCGUCAGUGCGGCAAGCAGCGAUGUGGAGGAUUCCCCAGGAGGGAGCACUAGCUCCAAAAAGCGAUCCUCGCGCCGAUACGUCCUAGACUCGGGUUCAGAAUCAUCUGCCUCUGAAUCUGAAAUGGCCCAGCCCAAACCUCGGCGCCGAAGUAGCGGCAGCCCAACCGCUGAACGGAAGAUACAAGUUCCUGGGGGAGACGUCCCAGCGGCACACCAUUUCACUGCGCCCGUUCAGCCACCGUCAUGGAUCACUACAAAUGCCCCUGGUGGUGCCAAUCGUCCACCGUCUACUCAGCCCUCCGUAACGUCGGCUCAGUCGACAGCAUCCAGAUUGUCAUCUCCAGCGUACCACCCGCCAGGCCAUCGUCCUUGGGCAACACCCGAUCAGAAUCCAAUACAUCAUAGUGUCUCAACACCCCUAAUGCCGGCGCACAUUCCCAGCGCUCCCAACCCAUUUGUGCCUCCGCAGGCUGUCUCCUUCCCUCGUUUCGGCGGCCAGGUGCAUCCACAGGGACAUCCACAAGGAUAUCCACAGGUACAGCAACAUGGAUACUCACAACUCAACACAUACGCACCGCCUUCUGCUCAGACCCGAUAUGUUCCCCAAUCUUCACCUCGGAUGGGGCUUGCACCACGACCAGUAUCUCAGGAUGGUAAAUCCGCAAGGUCACCGUCCAGAUUAUCCCAGCACGGCACCCCUGUGCGCAACCAUGAUGAGAAGAGACACUCGAGGGAGAAAUCGACGAAGCAAAAUAUCCGCGAAAGUGCCACUAAGGGGCUCUUGGGAGCUGGAGCCAUUGCAGGGUUUCUAGAAGCAUUGGAGGGUUUGAGCCUCUAGUAACAGGUGUCGUUCACUUCCGCAGGUUUGGAUGAGAGGCAUCAGGGACCUUAGGCAAGAUUUCCGUGCCUGUAUUAUCAUUUGAUUCCAAGAUCUCUGGGGAGCUUUAUAGCUUGUGCGAAUCUGGAGGUAUGUGCGAAUAUAAUAUCUUCCGAUUCUAGAUUUUGAUUGCAUCGAUUUUUCCUCCCUUGAA